AUGGGUCCACCUCCAGUAGUUACUGGUAUAUCACCCAAAGAAGGUCCUCCCGGUACGAGGGUAACAAUUCGAGGGGAGUUUCUCGGUGUCAGUGUAACUGAUUUAAUUGGACUCAAAAUAUGUGGUUGUGAUUGUUUGCUAUCAGCAGAAUGGAAGAGCAAGAACAAAAUAGUAGCUCGAUCAGGACCGUGUAAAGGCAGGGGAGAUAUUAUAGUUGCUACAAGGUCUGGUGGUGAAGGCACAUCUACUGUUCAGUUUAGAGGUUAUCAUGAAUCGGUUGGUCCAAUGAAAGAAAGCGCUGUUUGGGUAGAGGAGGCUGCUCCACCAUCUUUGCCAUGGGGACGUCGCCCUAUGUCACCCACUGCGUAUACUCCACCUGACCCAUUAGGUUUGUCCACUGAAGGGGAUGACUGCAAAUUUCCAGAAGAGGAACUGCAUGAGCUAUUUCCUGAUGGCAGUUCGGGGAAGUUGUCAGAUGAAAAUUUCCAGCCAGGCUGGUACCUUUUGGAACAUCAUAGCAAUACAUCCUAUGAAGAUUUGAAAGCUGGAAUGGUAUUUCUGCAAAGAAAGGUAGAAGGCCAAAAGGAGGGUCAGCUAAGCUUUCUUAAAGCAAAUACAGGUGCUGUUAUGGAUCAAUUAGAUAGGUUAGUGCUUUUGAAAAAUAUGUAUGAAGAGGAUCAGAGGAAGAAUGGCAGAGAACCUUUGCCUAGUCUACAAUCUGCAAUUGAAGAAUCAAUUUCAGUAGCAGAUUCAUUGUUCUCCGAGAUUCUUUCACGUAAAGAAAACGCUGAUAAAACCCGAGAGGCGUUGUCAUUGCUCACAAGGCACAAAUUUUUAUUUCAACUUCCUUCUUCUAUAGACAAAAACAUUCGAAAGAAAGAAUUUGACUUGGUUGUCAACGAUUAUACAAGAGCGAAAAACUUGUUCGGAAAUACUGAUGUCAAGCUCUUUCAAAAGAUCUUGGCUGAGAUAGACAAGAAAAUAGAAGAGCUUAAGGAAAAUUUGCAUAACAGAAUGAAAACUAUGCCCAUUAAUGUUCAAGAACAAACCAAAUACAUCAGAUUGUUGAUCAGCUUAAACUGGGAAGGCGAUGCCGCCUGGACGGCAAUUUUGAGCAGAAAGGACUACUUAAUGAGUCUAAUGAAUAAAGUGAAAGAUCAUUUCAAACAAAAGGAGGAACAAGAAGCCAACGAGAAAGGGCGGCGCAGGGCGCGCGACGGCGAGUGCGACGGCCCGUGGGGGGCGACGCGCGCGGCGUGGUGCGGCGCGGCGUGCGGCGCCCUGGCCGCCGAGCUGCACGCCCUGUGGCCGCUCGCGCGCCGCUAUUUCGCCGGCGAGCUGGCCGGCCGGCCUGCGACGCCGCAGCGCCACACCGACCUCAAGGAGAUGAUAAUCGCGAUGGUGGAGUCCUUCUCGGAGCAGAUGCGCUCGUGUCUGCUCAGUGGCGGUGGCGCCGUGGGAACGGCGAGCGCCGAAGUGCUCCGGGCGCGCCUCGUCGCAAACCUGCGCCAUCUUCGCGACGCGUACGAGUCCCUGCUGAAGCUUGACCUGCCUUCCCAACCUCUCAGUAUCGUGGAGAAGGUUAUAUUCGAUUACCGCGUUCACGGCAUGACCGUGUUCCUGCAACGUGCCCACAAGCGCGCCAAGGCUCUAGUGGACAAGGAGACUUGGAAGAUUGAAGAGUUUUCGGACUACGGAGCCAUCACGAAUUUGCCGCACACUCUCGAGGGCCACGUGGGUGAGGCGCUGGCGUCGAUCAACAAGUGCGUGCUGUGGUGCGGCCGCCGCGAGCGGCCCCUGCUGGCCGACGGCGGGGAACCGCUGGCGGCGCUGCAGCGCCACGUGCAGCAGACGCUGCUCGCCUUCGUGGCCGUGCUGCAGGAGCUGGCGCUGCGCCACGACCAGGACUUCAACAACACGAGCCUGUCGGUGGCGCUGGACCAGCGGCUGGACGAGGCGCUGGAGGCGGGCGAGGCGGGCGGGCGCAGCUGGCAGCAGCGGCUGCUCAUCGCCGGCGCCAACGCGCAGUACGCUCGCCGGCGGACGCUCGCGAACAUAGCGGCCGCGUUCGACAGCUACGGGCUGCCCGAGCCGACGCAGGCGAUGCAGGCGACGAGGGAGGCGCUGAGCGCGCUCGAGUCGAGCAUCGCGGAGACCUACCUGGAGCACAAGGGCGACCCGCUCGUCGGCACGAUAGAGCCGAGCAUGUACAUGGGCCGCCACCAGGCCGACGCGGACGCGCCCGUCGACGACGCCCGCCCCUACGUCUACGAGAUCGUCAACAACCUGAUCGCCGUCCACGCGGAGGUGGACAGCGUGUGCGGCGCGGCGUCCUCGCGCUACGUUCGCGACAUCUGCGAGACCGUGUGCGAGGAGAUAGCGCGUCUGGCGGCGUGCGCGCCGCCCGCGAUGAACCGCGCGGCCGCUUUCCAGGCGCGGCUCGAGUACACCCUGCUGCGGGUCGCGGUCGCCGAACACCUCACCAGGAAGGCCGAAAACUACCUUAUGGAGGCUUUGGCAGGUCUUCCUCCGUUAGAAAACGAAGAAGACAAAACACGAAUGGACAAUAUAAUUCAAGGAUUUAAGAAAAGGAUGGAACUACAGUUAGCAAGCCUCAACUGCAAUAUGGAGACCGUU